UUGGCGAGAUAUGUGGCCGCUGCUUGCACCAUCGCCACUACUACCAGUCCCCACUAUCUUUUUAGUACCCGCAGGUUCAGAACGAGCAAGCCUUCCAUUAAAAAUAGUAGGUAAAAGACCACCUAAAAUAACUAAAACUAAUAAAGAGAGAGAAGUUUAAAGGAGCCGGAGGAGCGCAAUUUCCGUGGUUCCAGGCUUGCGGUCCAAUCCCAUGAGCGAGAAUCGUCGCCCAAAAGGAAUGGGUUUGCUUCAAAGCCAACCGAAUCUCUCUCUCGAUGUGUCUCUCUCUCAUAUCACAUUAUUACUCACUCAUUUUUCUCUCUCGCACACAUUAUAUUCUUUUUUGAGGACUUGUGACGGAGGUAGCAUGCUUUAUCGUGGUCCAACUUCGUUGUAAUAUUGAUGAGCUUUUUAUUUAUUUAUUUUUGGUUGGCCAGCCCAUCCUUGUUAAGAAAAGUGUCAAGUGUACACUACUCAAAAAUAGGGGCUUUUCCUCAUCUAUGGGUCGCUUACUCCCCUCUCUUCACUCCAAGCCUCUCCAAUUGCCACCUAAUUCCAAAUGUCCUCAUUCCUUCCCCUCCUCCCCUCCUGCGUUUCUUUUGCUGCCUAUAUUUAAUAUGAGUUAGUGCAGAGCCUGGAAACGGAAGGCUAGCUGGCCGACUCAUUCAGCAAAGCCAAAGGGGCGGCUUUCCUGUGUUGACUCCCAAAACUCCCAACCCAAUUCAUUCACCUCUCCUCUCCUUAUUCACCUCCCUCCCUUCCUCUCUAUCUUUAUAAACUCCAUCCAAUUCCUCACUCUUGUUUCCAAUUUCUCCGCCUCCCUUUCCUUCCUUCCUUUCUUUCCUUCCUGUUUCUCCUUAUCUCGCCUCCUAAGCAGAGGAGAGCAAUGGAGGAAGCCAUGGUCUCCGACAGCAGCACCAACAGCAACAGUGAUUGCACCCAUGCCGUGGUGAAAGGAAAGCGGACCAAGCGACCGAGGCUCCACCUUCCGCCGGCCCCAGCGGUUGGCACCACCACCGGCCCCACCUCGUCGACCUCCUCAGCUGAAAUUUCCGGGACCACCACCGAGGAGGAGGAGGACAUGGCCAAUUGCCUCAUCCUCCUUGCCCAAGGUCGCUCCCUUGAUACCGGCCCGAAGCUCGAAUCACCGAAAGAAGAAGGUGCCGACCCAGCCAGUAGCAACGGCGGGGCCGAGAAGUUCUCCAGCCGCAGGUUCGCCGACGCCACCACGAUGGCCAACGGCAAGGCGGGAUUCCAUGUCUACGAGUGCAAGACCUGUAACAAAUGCUUCCCUUCAUUCCAAGCGCUCGGCGGGCACCGAGCAAGCCACAAGAAGCCCAAGCUAGCGAUCCCGAUGACCGGAACCGAAGCAAAGAAAGCGGCGAUCGAUGAAGAUAGCCUCCAAAUAAGCAUGAAUUCAUCGAUCUCGAAGUCAAUUAUGGCUGCCACCAACACCAACAGCACUAGUAUUAGCAAUAACAAGCCGAGGGUCCAUGAGUGCUCGAUAUGUGGCUCGGAGUUCUCCUCCGGGCAAGCAUUAGGAGGCCACAUGAGGCGGCACCGACCGGUGAGCAUCCCGGCCGCAACCUCGGAGCCAAAGAAGGAGCGGAACGUUAAUCUCUCCUUGGAUCUUAACCUCCCCGCACCAUCUGAUGACGACCAUGAAGAAGUUCCGAAAUCGCCAUCAGCCGUAGCCUUAGCAUUUGAAAGCAAACAGCCGCUCGUCAUCUCCGCCUCGGCCUUGGUGGAUUGCCAUUAUUAAUCCGGCAGCGAACUCAAAGCUGUCUCUUAUUUCUAACUGUUCUAUUUUUUCAGACAGACUCAAACAAGAUUGGGAAUUAUUUGAAGCUGUCAUGUUGAUUAUAUCUUAUACCAUUUACCAUUGAUUCUUUGGAUUCUUUACACCUUAGUUGUUCUCCUAUGGAGAUGUGAGGUAAUGAUCGAUGUUAUGUAAAGAAGAAUGAAGAAAAGGUGUUACUGUGUUCAUGAGAAGGGAGUGACUUCAAUGGCUUCUCCUU